AUGGCAGCUCAAAGGAUAUUUGAAGUAGAGCCUUUGGAAUGGGUUGAAGCCUGGACUUUGUUCAGCGAGCUCGUCGGAGAGGACACUCUAAAUUUUAGUCCCGAGAUACAACAGCUUGCUCACAGCACUUUGGAGAGAUGCCAAGGUUUGCCAUCCGCCAUCAUAAUGGCUGGACGAACAUUGGUUGGCUCCAAUAUUGUCAGGGAAUGGGAACAGUUAACACAAGAGCUGGAGGACCUCAUAAAAGAAGAAAUUUCAGGGGAAGACAGGUUGCCUCAUGCUGUUGUGGAUGAAAUGCCUCUUGGGCAUACCGUGGGCUUAGAUUCGUUGUAUGAGAGAGUUUGCAGCUGCCUUACUGGAUAUCAAGCAGGAAUUAUUGCAUUAUACGGAACAGGCGGUGUUGGAAAAACUACACUAAUGAGGAAAAUCAACAACGAGUUCCUUAAAACAAGUCACCAAUUCAAUACAGUGAUUUGGGUUACCGUCUCCAAGCAAGCAAGUGUGAAAGCUGCUCAAGAGGUGAUUCGAAAUAAAUUACAAAUCCCAGAUAGCAUGUGGCAGGGUAGAACAGAGGAUGAAAGGGCUACAGAAAUAUUAAAGAUCUUGAUAACAAAAAGGUUUGUGCUACUUUUAGAUGAUGUAUGGCAACGACUUGAUCUCUCAAAAAUAGGAUUUUGUCUUUCAAUGAUUCGAAACCGAUCCAAAGUAAUAAUCACAACUCGAAGUCAGAAAAUAUGUACUGAAAUGGGCGUUCCAUUGCAAAGACAGUUUAGAGUAGAGUUUUUGGCACUGGAAGAAGCCUUUGUUUUGUUCGUGGAGAAAGUCGGGGAGAACACUCUAAAUUCUCAUCCUGACAUACCACAUCUUUCUGAAAAGGUGGCAGAACGCUGCAAAGGCUUGCCACUUGCCCUUGUUACUGUUGGACGAGCCAUGGCUGAUAAGAAUUCUCCCGAGGCAUGGGAUCAGGCAAUCAAAGAACUGGAGAAAUUCCCAGCGGAAUUUUCAGGUAUGGAGGAUGGAACAUUGGAUUGGGGAAGGGUUUUUGAUGGUGAGGACAUAUAUGAAGCACGCAGACGAGGAUACAAAAUCAUUGAAGACCUAAAGAAUGCAUGCUUGUUAGAGGAGGGUGAUGGAUUUAAAUGUAUCAAGAUGCACGAUGUGAUACACGACAUGGCUCUAUGGAUAGGUCGAGAAUGUGGAAAAAGGAUGAACAAGAUUUUGGCAUGUGAAUCUCUUGGGGUUGUUGACCCUGAGAGAGUUACCAACUGGAAGGAGGCAGAAAGGAUAUCAUUGUGGGGUAGGAAUAUUGAGAAACUCCCCGAAACACCACAUUGCUCCAAUCUCCGGACUCUCUUUGUGAGGGAAUGUAUUCAAUUGAAGACAUUUCCAAGAGGAUUCUUCCGAUUCAUGUCUCGCAUAAGAGUUCUAGAUUUGUCAGCUACUCAUUGUUUAACCGACUUACCUGAUGGGAUUGAGGGAUUAGUGCACUUGGAAUACAUUAAUCUUUCAAUGACACAUGUAAAAAAGUUGGCGAUUGGGAUGACGAAGUUGACAAAACUGAAGUGCUUGUUGCUUGAUGGCAUGCUUCCACUUAUAAUUCCCCCACAAUUGAUAUCUAGUCUUUCAUCAUUACAAUUGUUUAGUAUGUAUGAUGGAAAUGCUUUAUCCUCAUAUCACACCACCUUAUUGGAAGAAUUGGAUUCCGUAGGAGCUGUGGAUGAUUUAUCUCUCUCCUUUCGUAGUGUUGUAGCUCUCAAUAAAUUACUGAGCUCCUACAAGUUACAAAGGUGCAUAAGAAGAUUAAGUCUACAUGACUGCAUAGAUUUAUCAUUGCUUGAGCUAUCAUCAAUAUUUCUGAACUACUUGGAGACUCUUGUGAUGUUUAAUUGUCGUCAAUUGGAAGAAAUGAAAAUUAAUGUGGAGAAAGAGGGAAGUCAAGGAUUUGAACAAUUUUAUGGGAUCCCCAAUCCUGAGUUGAUAGUGAGAAACAACCAACACUUCCGCAGGCUUCGCGAUGUAAAGAUUUGGAGCUGUCCAAAACUGUUGAACUUGACAUGGCUUAUUUAUGCUGCCUACCUUCAGUCGCUUAAUGUUCAAUUCUGUGAAUCCAUGAAAGAAGUGAUAAGUAAUGAGUAUGUAACUUCAAGGACACAGCACGCCAGCAUAUUCACAAGGCUCACAUCUCUAGUAUUAGGUGGUAUGCCAAUGCUAGAGAGCAUCUAUCGGGGGGCACUACUCUUCCCUUCAUUGGAAAUAAUCUCUGUGAUCAAUUGCCCGAGGCUAAGAAGGCUCCCAAUCGAUUCAAUUAGUGCUGCCAAGAGCUUAAAGAAAAUUGGAGGAGAUCUAACCUGGUGGAGAAGGUUGGAAUGGGAGGAUGAAUCUGUGGAGAAGAAUUUCAUCAAUUAUUUUUCCGCACAAUACUUGGCUGACCCAAUGCAGGACCCAGGGGAAGUGAAGGGAAAGAUGAAAUUGGUGUAAGAAGGUUCAACCUCAAGGGCAGCCACCUAAACACAGCUUGUCAAUCGCUGAAGUUAUAACUCAUGAGGGAACAGGAUGAGUAUUUGAAGUUUGAUGCAACAAAGCUAUUUGCAUAUGCCUUGGUACUGAGUGCCGUGUGGAAGAUAAGAUCCAAUGUUGUAUUAUUUGUUGCUUGCAUGUGUGUGACUAUUUUUUGUGAACUCUAAAUGGAGUGGUGGAGUUGUAUAUGCUGCUCAAAAGGCAUCACUUUGCAGGUGGUGGUGUUGUUUUGAUGUAGAUCAUGUCCUAAGAUUGAUGUGUUUUUACAUAUCA